AUGGCCACGCCCGUCGUCGGUCUGAGAGCUCUGGCCACCGCGGCGGCUCGCCCGACCGUUCGUCGGCCGCUGCGGCCCGCGGCCGUCGUCUCGCUCACGUCCCCCCCCGCGCGGCCUCACUCGUCCGCCGCGCGCAGCAAGCACCGCCCGCACCACCCGCUGGGCUUCGAGCCCCCCACCAGCCAGGACCUGGAGGAGCUGCGGGAGCGCGUGCAGGACUUCACGCGGCGCGAGAUGCCCGAGGAGCUGGCGGCGCGCACGGACCGGACCAACGCCUUCCCCAGCCACCUGUGGGAGAAGCUGGGCGAGGCGGGCCUGCUGGGCGUGACGGCCGACGAGGAGGUGGGCGGCCUCGGCAUGGGCUACCAGGCGCACGCCGUCGUCAUGGAGGAGCUGUCGCGGGCGUCCGGGUCCGUCGGGCUCAGCUACGCGGCCCACUCGCAGCUGUGCGUCAACCAGAUCCAGCUCAACGGCACGGCGGAGCAGCGGCGGCGCCACCUGCCGGCCCUGGUGUCCGGGCGGGCCGUGGGCGCGCUGGCCAUGUCCGAGGCCGGCGCCGGCAGCGACGUGGUCGGCAUGCGCACGUCGGCCACCCGCGUCGACGGCGGCUACCUGCUCAACGGGUCCAAGAUGUGGAUCACCAACGGGCCCGACGCGCACCUCGUCGUCGUCUACGCCAAGACGGAGCCGGCCCGCGGCGCGCGCGGCAUCACCGCCUUCCUCGUCGACGCCCGCACCCCCGGCUUCCGCUGCGCCCGCAAGCUCGACAAGAUGGGCAUGCGCGGCAGCAACACGGGCGAGCUGGCCUUUGACAACGUCCUGGUGCCCGACGACGCCGUGCUGGGCCAGGUCGACGGCGGCGUCGCCGUCCUCAUGCAGGGCCUGGACCUCGAGCGCCUGGUCCUGUCGGCCGGCCCGCUGGGCCUCAUGCAGGCCGCCCUCGACGUGGCCCUGCCCUACGCCCACCAGCGCCGCCAGUUCGGCGCGCCCGUCGCCCACAACCAGCUCGUCCAGGGCAAGCUGGCCGACAUGUACACCAAGCUGCAGGCCGCGCGGGCCUACACCUACGCCACGGCCAAGGCCGUCGACGAGCAGGGGCUCAUCCGCACCCAGGACUGCGCCGGCGCCAUCCUGUACGCCGCCGAGCGCGCGACCGAGUGCGCCCUGGACUGCAUCCAGCUGCUGGGCGGCAUGGGCUACGUGGAGGAGAUGCCGGCAUCGCGGCUGCUGCGAGACGCCAAGUUAUACGAGAUCGGCGCCGGCACAUCCGAAAUCAGACGCAUGGUCAUCGGCCGCGCUUUCAACAAGCAAUACGCCAGCGCUUGA